AUGUACGAGGCAGCAGCAGUUUUCCAUCGUCCUCCUCAUGUCCUACCACCAGAAAGUGGCACUCUUAUUCAAUACGUUGCAGAUAAUUCUGAUAUUAAUGUAAAUACGCUAGACGGCAAUAACACGCUCCACAUAAUGGGUAUUAUUCAAAUUGUUACUCCAAAACAUUCAGUUUUACUAGAAGAACCUAUGCCACGAAUAAAAGAAACUCUUUCAGCAAAUGAUUUCAAAGCUCAGAACACAUACAACGUACUCCCGAUACAGACUUAUACAAAUGACGGUGUAGUAGGCUAA